AUGUCUGCAACAGUAGUACUGUGUGGAAGCAAAAGGUCCUUCUUUGAAGAUCUUCCGCCAUCACCAUCGCCGCCUUAUCUCUCCAAGAGACUUCGCUGCUCUUCUUCUUCUACAACUUCUUCUGCCGACGAGUCAACCAUUCAACACUUCUGGGUUCCUUAUGUACUCUCUCAACUUCGUUCUCUCUUCCCCAACAUGCACCCCCAGGUUCUCGAGAGAUCAUUGCAAGAAUCUGGCUACGAUUUGGAUGCCACAGUCAAGAGCCUCAACGACCUUGCCAAAAAACAGAAAGAUUUUUCAAGUUCUGCUAAAAAAGUAGAACAGCUUCCUCUUGAUGGCCCGAGAUGGAUCGACUUGGCUAUUGGAGAUAUGGCGAGUGAUACUAGUGUCAAUGAUGCUAGGAAUGAGCGGUAUAAAGAGCAUGAGGGGAGAGACCAGGAAUUGAAGAACCUGAAGGACUUGGUGGAUCAACAAAAGGAGCAAUUGCGGAAGCUUGAAAUUUACAAGUAUGGCUUGCAGUUGCAGUUGAAUGAGGCUUUGAAGAACAACUACUCCUGUGUCCCAGCUGGACGUUUCAACCCUGAUGUCUUUUAG